ACCCAUUUGCAUCAUCAUUCACUCCGAAAAACUAAAGUUUGUCGGACAGAGGAAGAGUCGAUAUCGAUCACAUCCUUAGUUUGUUGUAAGAGGGCAUUCUCUCUAAAUAUGGGGCUCACAAUCUCAUCCCUUUUUAGCAGACUUUUCGGUAAAAAGCAGAUGAGAAUACUUAUGGUGGGUUUGGACGCAGCCGGCAAAACAACGAUACUGUACAAGUUAAAACUCGGAGAAAUUGUCACCACCAUUCCAACCAUUGGUUUUAAUGUGGAGACUGUAGAAUACAAGAACAUCUGCUUUACUGUGUGGGAUGUGGGUGGUCAGGAUAAGAUUCGUCCACUCUGGAGACACUACUUCCAGAACACACAGGGGCUGAUCUUUGUGGUGGACAGUAAUGACAGAGAGAGAGUGGCUGAGUCUGCAGAGGAGCUCUCCAAAAUGUUGCAGGAGGAUGAGCUGAGAGACGCCGUGUUGUUGGUUUUUGCCAACAAACAGGAUCUGCCCAACGCCAUGGCCGUUAGUGAACUGACAGACAAACUGGGCCUACAGAGUCUCCGCAGCAGAACGUGGUAUGUUCAGGCAACCUGUGCCACACAGGGAACUGGUCUCUAUGAAGGACUGGACUGGUUAUCCAGUGAGCUGUCUAAACGCUAGUGCCUUCAGACAGAUGCAGAGUGUCAACACCCCAGAGAGAGAGAGAGAGAGAGAGAGAUGCCAUCUGUGGACUUUGUUGUGAAGUGUGUGUGUGUGUGUGUGUGUGUGUGUGAGAACCCAUUCUGCAGUCAGAACUUGUCAUCAUGUCUUUGCUUUUUUCUUUUUCUCUCU